AUGCUGGGGGCCAAGGGCGGUCCCAGAGUCUGGUCCUCACAGAGCUCCUCCUCCUCGGUCUCUCGGCUGGUCGUGCUGCUGCUGUUGGUGCUCGGGGCCUGGGGAAAGAUGGCGGAGGCUGCGGCUGUUCCCCCGCAUCGGUUUUUCUGUCACUGUUGUAAAGGAGAAGUGAAUCCGAAGCUCCCGGAAUUUAUUUGUCCCAGAUGUGAUUCAGGUUUCAUAGAGGAAGUAACGGAAGACUCCAGUCUCCUUGACAGUGGUGCGAAUGGGGUGGAUGACACAGCCUCACAGUUUGCAGAGCUCUGGCACCUCCUCUUGGUGGAGCGGCCCUUCACAACAGACGCCGACAGCCCGGACUCGGAGCCGCGGUUACCUGGGGGCCGUCUUGGUGCGCUGGGGGACCUGGGGGGCUUGGGGACAGGGCCGUUUGGAGGCUCGGUCCCUGCUGGGCUCGGAGGGCCCAUGGGGGGUCUCCUGGGGUCCACAGAUCACUGGAGCUCCGGUCGCCCUCCUCGUCUGCACAGUCAGAGGAGAUACAGGUCCAGAGGGAGCAGCCGGCCUGACCGCUCACCGGCUGUAGAGGGCAUUGUUCAGCAGUUUCUGGCUGGUCUGUUUGCUAACUCCGGGGUUCCUGGUUCGUCUCCUCUGUCAUGGACGGGGAUGCUGCAUUCUAAUCCUGGGGACUACGCCUGGGGGCAAGGAGGGUUAGACGCGGUUAUAACACAGUUACUAGGUCAGUUGGAAAACACUGGCCCUCCACCAGCAGAGAGGGAGAAGAUCUCCACUCUUCCAACAGUCAACAUAACUCAGGAACAAGCAGAGUGCUGUAUGGAGUGUCCUGUUUGCAAAGAGGACUUCACAUUAGGAGAGCCCGUGAGACAGCUGCCCUGUAACCACUUUUUUCAUUCAGACUGUAUAGUACCAUGGCUGGAAAUGCACGACACGUGUCCCGUCUGUAGGAAGAGUUUGAACGGAGACGACAGCAGCCAGUCCCCCUCAGAGCCUCCCUCGCAGUCCAUGGACCCCCGCACACAGGAGAGAUGGUCCUUUUGA